AUGAAGCUUCUAUUCAACAGGGCCAUACUAUUGGGACUGCUGAUUACUGUUGGGGCACAAGAAAAUAGGCGUUACUACGAAAGAGAAUGUCCAUGCACACCAUCGAAGCUAUGGCUUGAUGUGGUAGUGGCAAUCGACAAUUCUCUUGGUAUGACUAUGGAGGGAAUGGCGCAGGUCAUCGCCGAUCUGGGUACGGUAUUUGAUCCGACAACGAUCGCUCAGGGUGAAGGACAUCAUACUCGUAUUGGGAUCCUUACCUAUGGUACUACGGCAAAAGCGGUAGAUUUUGUAGAUUGCGCUUUAAGAUGUGCUCUUAUGAAGGCUGAGGAGCUCUUCGCGGAGGGUAGACCGGCAGGAGUGAGGGAGAAUGUAAAGCAGGUCAUCAUCAUCUAUGCCAGCGUUUACAAGGAGCUCCAUUUUGGAGAUGCUACACAACUGGCAGACCAAAUCAAGAUUAGUGGGAAAGACAUCAUUGUUGUCGCAUUCGACCAGGGAGGCAGACCAAAUGCUAUUUUAGAACUUCGCAAAAUAGCCACUGAAGGAUACUUCUUCAUGAAUACAAAUGCCAAUCUAGCCGGCGAAAUUCAGCAUGCACUUUGUCAAAUCAACUGCUUCUGUAGAAAGCAGUGGAUGCAGUAUUCUCUCGAUUCGGUAAAAUAUGGAUCGUGUUUGAGAAUUGGUGGAAUUGAUUCGAACUGGAACCUUGCCAAGAGAUCAUGCAUUAGAAUCGGCCAUGAAUCGGGUCAUCUUGCCACUGUUCUUGACCAUGCAAAGCAUACUUUCAUUGCAUCAAUGUUUAGAAACGACUACAGGAUGGAACCACCUUACAUGUAUCAUAUUGGCCUCUCUUACGACAAGGCGAAUGGUGGCUACUUCUGGGAACAGCCUAAGGAAUCAAACCCAGAACGGAUCCCGGUAGACCUUCCCACGUAA